GCGAGCAAUUUCUCACACCCGCAGUCCUUUCGCAAUCAACUCAUAUUUGAAGCUCCAAGCGCCAUGCGAAGGACGGAUAGAUUUGCGCCGAUCCUAAAAGUCCGCCAGGAUCCGAACUUGGCGGAUUUGCCUGGAGAGAGUAACAGGUUUUCGCGCGGCUGCAGGUUUCGGAACGGGAGGAUGGCGUUUGCACAGAAGCAGGCGAUGCUCGGCCUCACCGCAUUUCGGGGCGGCGAUGAACGAAGAUCCACGGCACACCGGAAAUGCACCCGGCCAGAUGAUGAUCAUGACGAUGAUGACGACGAUGAUGACGAUGUUGAUGAUGGCGAUGACAACGAAGAGGACGAUGGUGGUGAUUUUGAUGACGACGACGAUGUCGCUGAUUAUGAUGAUGUUGUUGAUGACGUUGAUGAUGUUGAUGAUGAUGUCGAUGAUGAUGACGAUGUUGAUGACGUUGACGAGGUUGAUGAUGAUGUUGUUGAUGAUGAUGAUGAUGUUGAUGAAGAUGAUGAUGAUCACGAUGACAAUGAUGGUGAUGAUGAUGAUGAUGAUGAAGAUGAUGACGCUGAUGGUGGUGGCGACGGUGAUGGUGAUGACGGGGGCGAUGAUGAUGAUGAUGAUGGCAAGCAAGAAUCACGGGGCCGCUCGCGAGGAAAGAACGAGCAGGAAUCAGAAGGGGACACAGAAACCAUAUGGCCCAAUGUCACCGACAUCCUUUCCCUUCGUCCCCGCAACUUGAAAAAGGUGGCGCGACGCGGCCGCUCCCAUGGGCCAGCAAACAUGCCUGACACGUGGGCAGGCAGAACAGCACUUUACCUUGAAGAGGGCACAGCGCACACGAUGGCGCUGCUCUUUGACGGCUCACAGUUCUUCAAGGAGGCGCAGUUCUUCGACGACGGCGAAGCGCACACGAUGGCGCAACUGUUGCGUGAUGGAGGGGACCUUCUCGACACCACGCAUCUUCGAGUCGAGCUUCUCGAGACCAUAGGCCAUGAACAAUAUGUCUUCGUCCAGGGGCGAAGGGAAGCCUGCAGCGACCUCUGGGAUGGGAUCUGGGAAAGAUUCUACAAACGGUCGUCUACGACCUCGAGGACGUGGUCCGACCACGCUAGGUCGAAAUGGUUCGUCGACUGGUGUUGUGCUGAUGCUACGAACCCAGUCCAGCAGCCGUGUGGUCUUGUGAUCUUCGUCGAAGCCAACAAGCGCCGCAGGGUUCUGGGGGCUGUCUUGCGGUGGGAGAAUGUGAAAGGCAGUCGUCGACGAUUUUACAUGAAAAAUGUGUACGGUUCGAAGGGGAACGUCGUCGCCGGUGCCAAGGGGGCAGUUCUCGACAUGUGUCUGUUCAAGGGGUUCGGAGCGGGUGCUGCGAACACCCCGUUCUACAACGACCUCCGCCGGCAGGGCGGGUUUGUUUCGGGUCGAGAGUUCUUCGACCUGUUGGAGGACACGGGCAUCGCCCUCGACGUCCCUUGCGAAGUCGGUCCCGACCUGGAACUGUCAAUGCCUUUGCAGCCGUGCGGCGGUUGUGAGUCGAGCGGGGCAGCGGGGGAGGGGGGGGAUCUGGGUUCCGGGGAGGCUACACAUGUGCAGCGGGAGGAUGCCAGAGGUCAGUUUGACGACAACGAAGAUAAGGCGACACCGCAUCCGCCGUUUUCGCCUUCGAGGGAAAGAGACAGCUCCAUGCUGUCCAUACUUGGGGUCCGGCAACAGACCGCAGCGGAUCCCCGAGAAGAGGGAGUCAUGUGUGGGUCUGACUUGGAGCCCGCCGAGGGCCAUGGCGCGAAAGGCGAGGUCAUGGGCGGGGAGGGAGCGCAGGGCACUCCCCAAAAAAGGAGCGGAGAAUGUCAAGAAGAGUUGGUGGGCUCUUCGAAGAAACAGAAGACCAAGACCCUGAGGACUGGGGGAGAGAAACGGAAGGGGAGGGGGGUGGAAGAGGGCCACCCGGGUAGCAAACGUCCAACUUCGAAACAUAAACAGCCUGAGUCGGGACCUUCUUCACCGCGGCCUGUCAUCGACGUGGCCGUCGGGUACUUCCUGGAGUACAAAGACGGCGUCAGGACAAGGCGGGAGUUUGAGAUCAGCCCGACUCAGAUCGUCGACAUAAGGGAGUGGGAGGAUCUUUACAACCAGCGGUCGCUAGAUCCCGUCCUCGUGGAAACGAUAAGGGAAGCAAUGUGGUCUGCAUUCGAAAAUAAAAAACAGACGUACGAGUUGUCGGUCUUCAAGCUCGCACCAUUGAGGCUUCAAAAACCAACUCCUGGGACCAAGGCACAAUGUCUGAAGCCGGAGGAGUGGAAGGAUGAGAUGGCGGGAGAAUACUACUACUACGCGGUGUGCGGGCAGCAUAACGCGGCUGCAGCCAGGUCGCUGUUCGGCAGCGAGGUGGCCAAGAAGUACGAUUUUGAGCGGUGGCCGACACGGAUGGUGUACUUUUCUGACAAUGACUUCGAAGGGUAUUUUCUUGUUAGUUCACAGGACAAUAAGAAGGACCUGAAGGCGCCUCCUAGACAGUUGAAACUUUCUAUGAAAGACAUUCGAUGGCAGUGGAAGCAUGACGGCUGCCCGAGAGCUGUGAUGGGGAACCCUAGCGGGAAACAAGAUCAGGAAGAGGAGGCCAUUAAGAAGCAAAAUGUUGCCCUGCGUUCUUACUUUCCUCUGGCGAUGGCUGGGGAAAAUGUCUGGAAAUUGGCCGUGGAAUUUUUCGAAAAAUGGGAGACGGCCAGAUUGCUGAGCCACGAUGGGGCGAAGUGGACCGUCAAAAAGAAGAAGGUCAAAAACGUAAAGCCUGGGGUCGCCUACAUCCACAACGACAAAUUAGGCAGAACGGAGGUGGUGUACAACGUCCCCGUGGACCCCCCGAAUAAAAAGGGCAAAAAGAAGAAAGAGGAGGGCGAUUGGUUCGUGCAAGUGCCAAACCCGGACGCGCAUUGUUGGAAAGCAAUGGAAUCACUCACGGACAAUGAGAAGUGUCGCGUUCUGAAAAAGGUGCUUGCUUGCGAGGUCGUUUGGGUUCAGGCCGGCUCCCUGUCGUUGGCGAAGUUGGGAAAGCUCAGCGUGCAGGACAUGGUUCAGCUGGUGAAGUGCGACCGCAUGCUGGUCCGGUUGUGGAAUUACUACCAAUUCAAGCACGAGAAGCGGCCGGACGCGGACUGGAUCCAAAGGUACCGUUUCCUGAAAUCGAGAUCUGCCGUGUUCAAGAAGUUUGAAGGUCAGGGAUUGGAUGACAAGUUGUGGGAUAACAGCAGGAAACACAUUUCUGACUCGGUGCUGUUCAAGGACUGCCCGCCGUACAUGGGUUGCGACCAGGACAACUCGAUUGAGGUGACGGAGAAGUUGGCGGGCCACAAGAAGUUGUCCGUCAACUUGAGAAACAAGGUUCUCUCUGUGUUGAAUGGAAGCAGACUGAAGAGCCGGGAAGUCGCACUUGCCGAAGGCGUCGUUCACAUUAAAUGGAAAGACACGGGGAACGUGACAUCCAUCGCGCCGUUCGCCAAUGACCCUUUAGAGGCGGACAUCAGGGGCGCAGAGCUGAAGGAGGCAGUGGCUGCCACAAAGAGCCACACGCUCGUCCUCAAUCUGUGCGAGCCGGUUGACCUCAAACUGUGGAAGCCCCAAGCGUGGGAGACUUUGAAUUCCUAUCUUCAGACGUGGUGUCCCUCGCAUUGGACUCUCGUUGUUUUCGUGCCGCGGCAGCACAACCUGUCAUUUCUCGCCAGCGUGCACCAUCUUUUUUUUGUCAAGUUGUUGGAAGGGAAGUGGGUGCGGAGAGUGCAGCAAAAAAAAAGCUUCCCCGUUGGGAACAAUUUGUACACGGAGGAAGACCCCAUGUACAUCCUCUUCAAGGGUGACGAUCUGCGUGUCAACACGUCCGUGGUCUACGAGGGAAACCUGCCCACGGGUGCCGCUGCUGCGGUGCGAUUGCCUCAGAGGGUCUCCCAGACGGAUGUGUCCGAGAUUCCUUUCACGCCUUGCGACUGGUCGCUGGUGGCGCUUGAACGACAGGGCAGCGUCUACGGGGAUAUGGAACGCAAUCCGACCCAAUUCGUCGGUCUUCUUGAUUUUCUUGGCAAGAAGGGAGAGGGUGUUGUGUUCCUUGGGAAACCGCACGCGCGAAGCAUCUGGGAGCUUCUGAAGGCCGGCCGACACGUUGUCGCAAUGGAAGGGAACUCCGACCUCUUGCAAUUCACGAUGCAGGUGGUGAAAAGCGAGGUCAAUUCGAGUGGGCACAAUUGUGAGUUCAUGGUCGUGAGGCCAACACGAGAUAAGGUGUGGAGCAAGAAGACAGAUAUGUGGUUCAAGUUGAGUGAGAGGAAGAGGAACAAGAUAUACGAUUUUGUUGUGGUGGAUGGAGUUCCGAGACAAGUGGAUGGAGCAAGCUCUGGUGUGUUCAUGUUGAUGUACGCGAUGUUGUUUCAACGUAGAGAUCAACCGCCUUUCCAGUUCUCUUGUAAAGAUAUUCCGCUUCUUAGACGACAAUUAGCAUCAUGUGUCUUAGAACAUCGUUGUCUUUGAUGGAUUUGAUUGACUUCGAAACUUUUUUUUAAGGUGUUUCAUUCGUUGAUCGUUAAAUUUCGUAAAUCGA